UCUCCCUGUGAAACGCACGUCGUUUUUUGUUCCACAUUUUCUACUCGGCGCGGUUGUGGCCGCAUCAAGGUUUAAGCUUUCAAAGUCUGGUCUCGAAGCCAUAACACCCACUUUCCUAAUUCCAAGAUUUGGAUAACAGAUACUUGUUCUUUUUGAGUGGACUUGAAGAUUUGUGGACCCAUAAGAUGCUGGCCAGUGAUCCUGCAAAAAAGCUUUCGUUUAAUCGGUCAAUUGGUAAUGGAGAUUUGGUUAUUGUUUAUGAAAGGCAUGACAACAUGAAGGCUGUAACAGUGUCUGAGGGAUCAGUCCUGCAGAAUCGAUUUGGUGUUUUUAAGCAUUCUGACUGGAUUGGAAAGCCAUUUGGGUCCAAAGUAUUCAGCAACAAGGGUGGUUUUGUGUACUUGUUAGCACCUACACCAGAAUUGUGGACACUUGUUUUAAGCCACAGGACUCAGAUUCUAUAUAUUGCUGAUAUUAGCUUUGUUGUCAUGUACCUGGAGAUUGUUCCUGGUUGCUUGGUUCUUGAAUCUGGAACUGGAAGUGGAUCAUUAACUACUUCACUUGCAAGGGCAGUGGCUCCUACAGGACAUGUCUAUACAUUUGAUUUUCAUGAGCAAAGGGCUGGAUCAGCUAGGGAUGAUUUUGAGAGGACUGGUCUAAGCAAUUUAGUAACUGUGGGAGUUAGGGACAUUCAGGGUGAGGGGUUUCCUGAUGAGUUCACUGGUUUGGCUGAUGCAGUAUUUUUGGAUCUACCUCAGCCUUGGCUAGCUAUUCCUUCAGCUGCAAAAAUGUUAAAACAAGAUGGCACAUUGUGUUCAUUCUCACCGUGUAUUGAACAAGUUCAACGAUCUAGUGAAGUGCUUCAAACCAGCUUUACUGAUAUAAGGACUUUUGAGGUACUCCUACGCACAUAUGAAGUCCGAGAAGAGAAAUCAGAAAGCAUACAGGGGAAUGGCUCUAAUGGUUCACUUCCUUGCAAGAGGAGACAGUGUUCAGAUGGAGGCAGUGUGAUCAGUAGUCCUGUUUCAUCUGUUAUGGUUAGACCUUGUGGUGAAGCUAGAGGUCACACAGGCUAUCUCACAUUUGCAAGACUUAGAUGUCUCUUAUGAAGAGUGUUUUCACGUCCAUCUUUUUUCCUUUAUUUCCUAGGAGAGCAAAGGCUUUGUAUUUUUGAAUCAUGUCUUUUUCCUUUUCAUUUACAACCAUAUGUUUUCAAAGAAAGUUUUGAUAUAUGCUUGGCUAGAAAUCUACUUUUCCAAUUAGCCUUCACAAAUAUGUUUAGUCUGAUAUGAAAGGGUGGAUAGUGUUCGUGUGA